AAGUUAAUAUCUGAAGUGCAUAAUAUAUAAGAGGGCAAUCGAUUCAAUCGGGUUAGUUACAGCUCGUUCGUCCUUCAGAUUUUAUAAAAAAAUCACCAUGGUCCAAUUGGAAGGUACUUACCAAUUCGUCUCUGAGGAAGGUUACAAAGACUAUUUGAAGACCUUUGGUCUUCCUGAUGAAACUGUGGAGAAAUUAGCCGCUUCUACUGAACCAAUUGUCAUCUCUUCCGUUACUAGCGACAGUAUCACCAUUAAUUAUGGAACUAAAAGUCACGUUCUACCAUUGGGAAAACAGACUGAAGUUGUCUUAUCUGUAGGAAGACCCGUAAAGGUGACUCCCACUGUGAAUGGAGACACCAUAACCUUGAACAGCGUCUUGGAAAAAGAUCCCCUAAUCACCGAGGAGAAAGUUUUUAAAAUUACAGACUCUGGACUGACAUCGACUUCAACUAACUCCAAUGGAGGAAAAACCGUGCGUCACUACAAGAGAGCUUAAGUCUUAUUUUGAUGUUUUUUUUUGAAUAAAUGUAGUUUUUUAUGAAAAUUA